AUGGGAUUUCUGCCCGAAGAAAGGUUUUUCACCCACAAAAAACCAUUUACAGCAACAGGCGUCGAUUACUUCGGUCCAUUUUACACCAAAGCAGAAAGAGGAACUCGAGCCUCAAAACACCUCCUCAAGCGGUACGGAGUAAUAUUCACAUGCCUGACUACCACAGCAAUCAACGUGGAGAUAGCCCACUCCCUAGUUCGUAGCAUGAUGGCUCGACGUGGACCUAUACAAAUCAUAUGGUCAGACAAUGGCACAAAUUUUCGCGGAGCAGCACGAGAGUUACAAGAAGCCCUAGAGGACCUGGAUGAGUGUGCCGUGAAAGAGUAUUUGGCAAAGGAGUUGCACACAUAUAAAGACACUGCGGACUGGGAAGAUCCAGACGUGGACAUUGAUCCAUAUGAGGAAAAGCACUACGCAACUUACUCGAUGUUGAGUGUUGCGCGGGAGGAGCUGCAAGUGCAAUACGCCAGAUCGCUCAACAACCGUUUUUCUGUAACAGAGGCACGUGAAGGUCACGUAUCACAAACCCACGUGAACUUGCACUAUGAACGGAUCAAACUACCAACAUUUUCGGGCAAUUAUGAGUACUGGCAACAUUUUUCGGAUAUUUUUCUAAAUCUCCCAACGGCAUCUGUACUCAACUCUGGCGCGAUUUGCAAGCUGGCUGACGGAGCCGAUGAAGUAAUUCGCGGACUAAGAGCAUUAGAGUGUGAGAAUCGAGAUCCCUGGUUAAUUCAUGUGCUACUGGCAAAGGUGGACAACAACACUCGGCAAGCAUGGGCAGAGCACAGUGAAUCUGAGGAUUACACUGUAACGAUCGACAGUUUUAUCAAAUUUCUGCUCUCCCGAGGUGAUACGUUGGAAUCGAGCCAACUUUCACGAGCGAAUCACAGCCGACGAAUAGCUACUACUCAUCACGUCAACACGGAAACCCAGCCAUUGAUCGAGCCAUGCACCCUGUGCCAGCACGCUCAUCCGCUAUCAAGAUGUGAACAAUUCAGAGCACUUGAUGCAGCUGCACGACACGCACACGUGAGGAGUGCCAGCUUGUGCUUUAACUGUUUAAGCCCAAACCACAGGAUUGCAACCUGUCCUUCAAAGAAUACAUGUCGAGUAUGUCAAAGAAAGCAUAACACCCUGAUUCAUGCAGCGCAGCAGACGACUGGCCGUGAAUUCAGAGAUAGCGCGGUGCGAGUUCAUCAGCCUGAGAGCCCAGGAUCUAACGAUGAAUCCCCGGCUAUUAUUAGUCAUCAUGUUCAAACUACACGAGGUCAUCAAAUAGCAGUUACAAAGCACAGCAAGAGAGUUUCUCUUUACACCCUGGAGAAUAUUCCGUAUGCAGGUUCGCAAACGCUUUUGCCAACCAUUCUUACAUCAGUGAAAGACGCUCGGGGCAAGACCUUCACUUGCCGAGCUCUAUCUGACACUGGGUCUACAGUCUCAUUGGCAACGGAAUCAUUUGUCCAGCGGAUUGGGAUGCGACGCACCCAUGCAAAAGUUCCAGUUCGUGGUCUCGCGGCUAACAGAGCCGGCGUCACCAGAGGACUCGUAAAGUUUCGAAUCUGCUCUUGCAAUUCGGAUCACAACAUUGAGGUCGAGACGUACAUCGUCAGCACCCUUACAUCAGCUCUCCCAGCUCAAAACGUGGACAUGAGCUCAACACAAUGGAAGGAAAUUUUGAAGUUACCCUUAGCUGAUCCAUCUUUCGGCACAGUUGGUGCGGUAGAUGUCAUUUUUGGAUCUGAUCAGCUCUGGAAAUUCUGUACUGGAGAGCAAAGAUCUUUUGGUCCAUAUAGUACAUUCGGGGAAAACCAAUCACUGGCAAUCACUCAUCAUGUUCACCUGGACCUCGAUUCGCAGGUGCGAUCGUUCAUGGAGAUGGAUAGCAUUCCAUCAAAAACAUCGACAUUGGAGAUAUUUGAUCCGACUGAGCAACACUUUAUCAACACUCACACCCGUUCCCAAACUGGCACGUAUGUAGUAGAAUACCCAUUCAAAGACCCAAUGCCACCAAUUGGCGAAACCCUUCCACAAGCUGUUAGCCGAUUGCAGUCACUAGAACGCAAGUUUAGUCGCGACCCAAGUCUCAAGAGAGAGUAUAUCGCUUUCAUGGACGAGUAUCUGAAGAGCGGUCAUAUGGAAUUACUCAACACACAGCAGAUCGACGAGCAGCCCGACGGUUGUUUCUAUCUGCCGCAUCACGCCGUCUUGAAACCGGAAAGCACCACCACCAAAUGCCGAGUGGUGUUUGAUGGAUCUGGAAAAGAUAGUAGCGGAGUGUCACUCAAUGAGCGUCUUCACAUUGGGCCUCCCAUUCAACGAGAUCUAUUUGGUGUCUGCCUUCGAUUCAGACAACAUCGUUAUGUAUGCUGUUUGGAUAUAGAAAAGAUGUUCCGCAAAAUAGAGGUUGCUCCCCAUCAUACAAACUAUCAACGGAUCAUCUGGCGCAGUUCCACAAUGGACCCUAUGCAGCAUUAUCGAUUGCGUACUGUCACCUACGGAUUAGCGCCUUCACCCUUCUUAGCUGUACGGGUUUUGAAACAAUUGGCCAUAGACUAUGAAGCGAAAUAUCCACUAGCCGCGCGAGUCCUAGCGCGCGAUGCAUACGUGGAUGACAUUCCAACUGGAUGCAAUUCAGUUGGCGAACUUAUGAAAUUAAAAGAUCAACUGAUUUCUUUAUUAGAUGAAGGAAAAUUCAAGUUGAGAAAAUGGAGUUCGAACAGCUGGAGUUUCUUGAAGUCGAUACCAAAAGAAGAUUGUUUACAUGGACAUGCGUCGAUCGAGGACAACGUUAAAAUAUUGGGCAUUCCUUGGAAUCCUGUUCGAGAUGAGUUCUUAGUUAGUACACCGAUGAUUGCAACCAAACAGGCCCCUAGCAAACGGGCGCUAUUAUCGGAUCUGUCAAAAGUCUUCGACCCACUGGGCUUUGUUGCGCCUACCACUGUUUUGUUAAAGCUAAUAUUCCAAGAAUGCUGGUUCAGCGCUAUUAGCUGGGAUGACCCAAUACCGGAAACUCUUCGAAGGCGAUGGCAAGCAAUCAUAAAGGAAUUACCCCUGCUAUCUCACUGCCGAAUUUCACGAUACAUAGCCGCUUCAUCGCCGCACAUUGAACUUUGUGGUUUCGCGGAUGCAUCCACUCAAGCCUAUGGCGCUGUCAUUUAUAGUCGCGUUCGUACAACGAAUGGUUACCGGAGUCGGUUGGUGGCUGCCAAGACCCGAGUAGCCCCGCUUAAGCCUAUCUCUAUUCCCCGUCUUGAACUCAACGCCGCUCUUCUACUUAGCCGAUUACUUAAACUUGUAACAGAAUCUCUAACUAUACCCAUUUCCAGCUCACAUUGCUGGACUGACUCGGAGAUAGUCUUGCACUGGUUAUCAUCGCCACCCCGUCGUUGGAAUACCUAUGUUUGUCAUAGAGUUGCUGAAAUUGUGGAGGACUACCCACGUCGCUGCUGGAACCAUGUUCGCUCUGAAGAGAAUCCUGCCGACUGCGCAUCACGAGGUCUAAGUCUAUCUCAGUUGUUGAAUCAUGAGUAA